CAAACCACCCUUCCCUAAGCCACGAGAUAGAUCGUGGUCCAGGUAGUAGCAGCGAACUCAAUAGUGCGCUGGCGGUAUGGCACCCGAGUGGAAGCUAUUACUGCUUACUUUGCAAACGCUGCCUAUUCUGCUUCGCCACAACGCGAAGGCACAUGAGGGUGAAGGUCGAAGCUUUGGUGGAGCUCGCGUACAAUGUUACACGUGCGAUGUCGACUUCUCUGUUGACAGAUACGACGCAAACGAUAGCUGUCUCGUUGGAUUGGGCAGCAAGGACACCGUAAGCUGCAGCAGCAACUCCAACUAUUGCAAGGUUGACGUCGCACGAUUAAAUGGAGUAUUGGUCGCGUUUUCCCGCAAAUGUUCGAACGUUUGCGCGCCCAGUUGUAGUGAAAAGGGAUUUGGAAUUAAUCGCGAAACAUGUACCUACUGCUGUCGUAGUAAUCCGUCCUGUGGGGAGAAUCGUAAACAAGUGGCAGCCUGAUGUCCAAAAAAAAUCAGAGGCUGAUAUAGGUGCUCACGAAAUGGCAGUGCUAAGCGCAGGCCCAAAAAGGCCUCUGGUCCCUUUGUUGUUUUCGAUAAAUUAAUCCCUGCUAGAUUCUGUUUUACAGCGUUCACUGUAUUAAAAAUGUGCUCUAUUAAAUUGUUUAUUUGAAAGACACGAUAUAAUACCGAUAAAAAGUGAUCUUUUCUGCGUGCAGAUUCAGCGCAGGCUCCUGGCUCGUACGGUUACGUGCGUCUCUUAGAGAUCGAUAUGACAUCCACGAUAGUUCUCACGACACCUUCGACUAUGGUCGUUUAAGAGUUUCACAUAUAAGAAUUACUUGACCGAAAGUACCCUAUUAAAUUCGUUAUUUAGCAAUUAAUACUCAACAAUAUUGAUAUUAUUUAGUUUGUUGCUAGUCGGUAUCUGCUAUCCCCCUAUCAGUAAGGGACGCCUACAAAUACCAAUUGGUGCACUGACGAUUCGGUCGAAAUUUACGCGUAGAAUCGAUCAGAUACCAUAUUUUCUUACGAAAUCUUCGAAAGCAUGAACAUUUGCAUAGAAAAUUAUCGUACUUGAUAAUAUUCGAUGUGUAUUUACAUAUUGUUUUCCUUCGAACAAUAAUCGAUGCGAUAAACUGUCUGCGGGAAAGGGCAAAUGUUGCUUGCGUGGUUGCCAUAUGGCCGCAUAGAGGACGGAUAAGUUUGGCAAGUUUUCGGUAACAUACAUAAAGGAAAUGUU